AUAAUAUCAUUGCAUACUUAACUUAUACAGCUGGGUGUACACGAUACGUAAGGGAUAAGCUUGUCGACCAAUCGUAAUCGAGCACUUUUCUUCACCUGAGUCACUUUCUUGAAAUACACGAUUGUGAUUGGUUGUACUCGCUCGUCGCUUAUCGCUCGAACAAUUUGUGUGUCUCGGCCUAAUACUUGGCACACACAAUCGAGUGGUUCCUCUCGACAAAACUUUGGCAGAUAGGAAAAAAUAACUCGACGGACAUAUUCUGACGUAACGGCAGGUAGCAACAGAUAACGACAGAUAGCAACGAGGUUUUCGCGUUUCUCGCGAAAUAAUGUCACAUCAAACGGGAAUAAAAGCCAAUGAUGCAUUGAAGAAAUUAUUUGCGAAAUGCCGUGACGGGAAGAUACGAGUACUAAAGAUUUCGAUAGAGAAUGAGGAAUUGACUCCAGCAUCUAGCAUGAAACCAAAUAACAAAUGGCAAGACGAUUAUGAUAAAAUGAUUAAGCCGCUGAUUGUGGAAAAUCAGCCUGCUUAUAUUCUUUACAGACUCGACUCAAAAUCUCCAGAUUCUGGAUAUGAUUGGUUACUCAUAUCUUGGUCUCCAGAUACAGCACCGGUACGACAGAAAAUGCUUUAUGCCUCUACUAAAGCUACAUUGAAACAGGAAUUUGGUACAGCCUCGAUAAAGGAGGAAUUACAUGGAACUGUCCCAGAAGACAUUACUCUAGAUGGCUAUCAUAAACAUAAGAGAAACGAUACAGCACCUGUACCAUUGACAACAGCUGAGGAAGAAUUAGCUGAAUUAAAGAAAACUACUGCAACUACAGACUAUAGUGUUGAAACAAGACAUCAGACAUUGAGCGGCGUGGCAUUUCCAGUAACGGAAGAAGCCAAGCAAGCCAUCGUAGAAUUGGGUAAAAGGAUUCACGAAUAUGUUCAAUUGAAAAUUGAAUUGGAAGAGGAAAAAAUACAUUUAGUUACAGCUUGUGAUGUUUCAUUGGAUAAAUUACCUACGAAAGUUCCAUCCGAUGCUGCUAGAUAUCAUCUUUAUAAUUUUAAACACACUCAUGAAGGAGAUUAUACAGAAAGCAUAGUUUUCAUAUAUAGCAUGCCAGGAUAUAGUUGCAGUAUUAAAGAAAGGAUGUUAUAUUCCUCUUGCAAAGCACCUCUGCUCGAUCUUAUCCAGUCUUUAGGGGUAACUAUAACAAAAAAGCUUGAAAUAGCUGCUGGAGAGGAACUUACCGAAGAAUUUUUUCAAGAGGAAUUGCAUCCAAAAAUAAGUUUACAUCAGCCGAAAUUUGCUAAACCCAAGGGUCCACCAAAUCGGGGGGCUAAGCGUAUAACCAAGGUUCAAGAGUUAGCAUCUUCCGGACAAGAAAAUUAAAAAAUUAUUUAUGAAAUUAAUAAAAGCAGGAUAGCGAUACGUUUUCUAAUGUAAUUUUGCACACCCAUUGUCAUGAAAUUGUUUAUGAAGGUUCAUUUUAUCUACUUUAAUUAAAAGAAAUGUUAGAAAUUUAAGAAAUUUAUUUUGGCCUGUAAUUCUGUAAAUAUGUACCGAUACGGUAUAUAUAAUUAUCUAUUUUAUUAUUUCAAUAUUCUACGUAAAUUUAUAUACAUAUAUAACAUAAAAGGUUCAAACUUUGCACUUACUGUGAUAAAUUAUAUGUAAAAUUCAUAUAUAUAUAUUAGAAAAUAUUUUUAAGUCGUCUCGCACCUCGCAAAACUCGAAGAUGAUGGCAGAUAAAUAAAAAUUUUAAACUCUA